CGGCUUGGGGCAGGAGGAGCGUCCCCAUCUGGCGCCCUCCUUUAAUGGAUGAGAAUAAUUCCAUUUUGUGAAAUAUUGGCGUGAGGGCGUUUGGCGAAAGAGAGCGCACCGGCUCGAUCUCUCACCCUGGGGAGGAUCUGUUGCUCGGACAGUGGUCGUAGGGAAGAGAUCGCGAGGUCCGUCGCCCCCAACUUUAGGAGAAGCCCUGCAGGGGCGAGGAGGGCUUUUGGUUUUUAAGCCUCUCGGUUUCUCCCUUGGCGGCGGCGGGGGGCUGGAGGGUGGCAACGAACCAUCCCGCGCGAAGGAUUUCGGAGCCGUGUUAAAAAAAAAAGUCGGGAGCGUGCCUCUUUCUCCGGAGUCUCUUGGAUUUGCCGGGUGGCGGAGGAGGCAAAAACCCGCCGCAAAACUGGGGUGGGUCUUUUCGGGUGUCGGGCGCGUGGGACGGGGGCUUCUGUCGCGAGCUUAUUUGAGAUGUCCCGGUCUCUGCUCAGACGUCUUCCGAUCCUCUGUUUGACUUUGGCUGUCGUUGCAACGUUGCAAAAUCUCAAUGGCCAUCAUGGAGUCCUCCAACAGUGUCUCUUCCCGGGAGUCUUUGUAUUCCGUUGAGAGUGAAGAAGAGGAUGAGGAGCAGCGCUGUGGGGAAGGAGAGGUCUUCCUUUCAGAUAGCGGGAGUGAUGUGGAGAAAGAAGUCGGCCCUCUGAGGCACCGACAAGACACGUGUCCAAAGAGGCGGAACUUUUUAUUUUCUCCGAGAUCGGGACGGACUAAUCCAGGCCUGCUUUUCCGUGGCCACAAGCACCAGCCUCCGAAGCCACUGGGCUUGAUACCUUCAGCAAGGCUGCCACCUGUGGACCCUUGUUGCCAUUAUCCUGAGAAGAUGUUCUGCAACCGCCUGAUGGAUACUGACAGCAACCUUCCCAGACAAACUGCGAGCCAAAAGAGGACAGAGAAUGGUUGCCGUAAGCGCCUGAGCACUGUCCUGGGAGGUAGUCAGCCCCAUGUAUACACGGCACAGCCACCGGUUCAUGGCAAAAAGAGGCAGCGGAAUGAGGAGACGGAGGGACGGGAAGACUCGCCCACUCCUUGUUGGACUGCGAGGGACCUACUCUUUGCACAAAAGUGCUGUGAGCUUCAGGGAUUUGUCCGCCCACUGAUGGAGCUUCUCAACAGGCUGAAGACGGGACGCUUUGACCGAGCCCUUAGCAGCUUCCAGCAAAGCGUGGCAAUGGAUCGGAUCCAGCGGAUAAUUGGUGUCCUACAGAAGCCAGAGAUGGGGGAGCGCUAUCUGGGCACCCUCCUGCAGGUGGAGAGGAUGUUGAAGGUCUGGUUUCCUCACAUCACCUUAAAGAUGUCCCAUACAAACAGUGCUGCAGUGGCAGCAGAAAAAACAUGUGAGACUAGAAAGAAUUUCCAGGACAGGAGGGCAGUCCCAGACUCUGUGGAAAGCCCCCCCACGGAAGAGUUGCACCAGACACACCUCACAGACCCUGACUUCUCUGACAGCAAAACCUGCACUCCACUGGGGGAACCAGGGCGCUUUCCGGGUGACUGGCCUUCCAUGAACAUGACCUGGAUCCACACUGCACCCAUUUCGAAUCCUCCUUUGGGGCACAUGGACUUCUCACAGGUGAAUCCCACAUUUGGGCAAGCCUUUCUGGGACCCAGAGCUGGCAGCACAUAUGGCCUCAUUGUCUUCCUACAGAACAAUGCAGCUGUUCCAGGCAAUGUGAACCCUGUGAUGCCUUUGGGUUCCUUCCAUACUUCUCCAGUCUGCUUCCAUUCCAACAUCCCAGCUCCAGGGCCCAGUGAGCACCCUCGAUGUCAGAGCCUGCCUGGCCCCACAACUGUGGGUAGCCACCUCCCCAGAGGAACACUUGGCUGCUUGUCAAAGUCUCUACCCAACUUGCCUACAUCCAUUAUGGAGCUCAACGGACAAGUGUCUAAUGGAAGGCCCACAUGUAACUGCAGUUCUUGAAGUUCAGCUAUAUGCAUCUCCCAACAAUGUGUGAAUUUUCCCCACCCAUUUCCUUUUUCCCACUUUUUAUUUUUUUCUAACUUAAACAUUUUUUCUGUAUCUAAGAAAGAUGCCACAGAAUCUGGCUGUCUCCCAGGGUGGAAGAGAAUGUUUGGUUUCAAUAAAAAUCACCGUUAAUGGCUGUUAAAUGAG